AUGCGUUUGGCUCUACUUAUUACCUCUGCCGUUCUCGGCUUCUUCCCAUCUUGCAUCUCAGCAAUGGUAGUAAGAGGUCUCCCAUCAAACUACAGAGUCGGAACCCCGGGCAUUGUCCACAACGAUGGAAAUGUCACCAAGCGCGGCGACACCCCCAAGUACUGUUGGGUGUCAACCAUCGGAAAGGGCACCUACUGGUACGUCCCAUAUUUCGCCGGAGACGAAAACAUCGCCUGCAUCAUGGGUAUGCAACACUAUACGGGUUUGUGGUGCCCUGAGGAGAAGUGGUGGCCAAGCGAAUACGUCGACGAUAUAAUCGCUGCGGGCCAGGAGCAAAUCACCAAGGACGGCGGUGGCGAGAGAUCCUAUAAGGGCGUCUUUGAAGCGCAAUGGGAAGGGUGGACGAAUGCUAUCCCCAGUCGCGCACCUAUGCAGGCCAUUUUGGAUGCCUACUUUCGAUUCACGCUGCCCAACUGCGAUACUGCGCCUUUGGCUUGCAGUCACCAGAACCGCCAUUAUUACUACAACUUUAAGGGAGAGUCUAUUGGAAUAGUUCACAAGGAUGGCGAUUGUGGUGGUUUCCUGGGUAUUGGAGGCGAUCCCCUUGCGUAUUGCCCAGGUAAAGACCACUGCAAGAAAUAG